AUGAAAGAUAAUCUGAUAUGCUUUGCAAUCACAAUCAGCGUAACCACCAUUAUUAUGUGUAUUGCCGGAAUCAUUUGCCUGAAUAUUCAAUUACAAUCAAUGUGGGAUGAAUUAGGCCUCGAAAUAAAACAAUUUAAUAUUAAAGUAUUGGAUAUACAAAUAUCCCCAUUAUAUUUUUUAUUUUUCCAAAUCCAGACAGAUAAUAUAUGGGAAGGGAUGCUUUCAAUGGGUGCUGGUACUCCAUCAAACCGGCAAAGACGACAACUUUAUGGAGGAUACGGAGUACAGCAGCAACAACACCAGACACACAAUUUAUUUACGGCAAAAGUUGCCACUGGGCCGCUGAAGGUUACAUUAGGCAGCUCCUGCAAUUGUAUUUCCCAAAAUGAUUGUCCUGCUGGCCCUCCUGGAUUUCCAGGCGUGGUAGGUCCUCCAGGGGAACGGGGAAUUGGUGGUGUACCAGGAAUUCCCGGACAUGAUGCAAUGGAUGUACAUAGUUCAAUCUCCAAAGGCUGCUUUAACUGCCCUGUUGGACCUCAAGGAACUCCUGGAAAAGAAGGCAAUCCGGGCAUAAGAGGACCAAGGGGACCUAAUGGAAUUCCAGGAAUUUCUGGACGUGAUGGCGUUCCAGGGUUGACAGGCGAGGUUGGACCAGCAGGCGCUCUUGGUUCAAUAUAAUUUUAAGACAUAUUUGUAAAUAAUUAAAUAGGCGAGAUAGGGAAGCCUGGAAAGGCUGGAGACGUUGGUAAGGAUGCGGAAAAAUUAAUAGGACGUAAAGGAGUGCGUGGAACUGCUGGACCUGAAGGACCUCCAGGCCAAAUAGGCGAAAAAGGACUAGAUGGAGUGCAAGGCAAACAAGGGGCGAAAGGUCCACCAGGAACUCCUGGAUCACAAGGUCCGCCAGGCCCUGAUGGUGAAGAAGGAGGCCGAGGCGUAGUAGGCAAGCAUGGCCAAGACGCAGAGUAUUGGUGAGUUUAAAAAUAUAAAGUAUAUC